AUCAAUUUGUUAAGAAAAAAGCUGCUGUAAAACACAGGUUAAGAUUCUGAGCUGACUUUAAAGGUGUUGACUUUAAACCUGAGGACUGACAGAGACACUGCUGGGAAAACAGGCAACAUCUUUACACUCAACUGCUUAAAUCAGAUCCCAUCCUGUAUCAGCUCCAGGAUGAUUUGGAGAACAGUCCUGCAUUACACUUCACUGUGGCUCGUCCUGUCUUUAGUGUCUGGAGAGCUCACAAAUGAGCAGAAGAACCAGAUCUUGGAUUUGCAUAACAAGUACCGCUCCUCAGUCAACCCCCAAGCUGCUAAUAUGAAACGCAUGCUUUGGGAUGAAUCGUUAAGCACGGUGGCUGCAUCAUACGCCACUAACUGCACUUGGGAGCACAACCCUAAAAUCUUUGGCAUACUUGGCGAAAACCUCUUCAUGACGCUCGGACCCCUGAACGUUGACCAACCGAUCGGUUUAUGGUAUAACGAGUAUGUGAAUUACAACUUAUACUACAACAGCUGCGUUGAGGGGAAACUGUGUGGACACUACACUCAGAUGGUGUGGGCCAACACCUCCUUUAUUGGCUGCGGUGCACAUUACUGCAAUGAUGUUUCUAAAUUUGAUGCUAAAAAUGCCACAAUCCUGGUCUGCAACUAUUAUCCUCCAGGUAAUAUAAUGGGACAGUCACCUUAUCAGGAAGGACCUCCGUGCACCAAAUGUCCAAAUGGGACGUUAGGAUGUACGAACAAUUACUGCGAUCUCGGUACCAGUAUAACUACAGGACUUUCACCAGCCUCUAUAGCAACUUUGCUUAACACAGGAAACUUGGUCAACAGCAUGAACGCAGCAAAUGCAGCAGGAUUUAUGAAACCCUCGGCGGUUCCGCUACUGCUCACUGCCCUGGCAGCACUUUAUAUUCGAAUGACAUGAAAGUGAGCUGAAGUUUGUCAAUGUCAAGGUCAAGUUUGAUUUUUAAUUUCAUUACAAUUUAUUUUUUGAUUUUUUAAUUUAAUUUAAUUUAAUUAUAUAUAUAUAUAUAUGACACUUCUAGUCCCUAAGAAAUGAAGGCAACAGCAGUUUAGGGACUAGAAGUGUCAUAUAUAUAUAUAUAUAUAAAACCCAAGUCCCUAAACUGCAGUUGCCUUCAUUUAUUAUAGUAAUAAAUAAGUCAUAUGUUAUAGUAUUAUAUCUAAAAUAUUUAUAAAUCUAUUUAUUUUGAAUACUAUAAUAUCAUAUUGGUAACACUGGGUGUUUCAUGUGUUUCAUGCUAAUCUCUUUACAUUAUCGUUCAGUAUUUAUAUAUAUUUUACACAUAGAUUGUAUGAUAUGUAAAAUUUAAAUGAGGAGGGUUUUACUGUUUGUUUGUUUUUGUUUUUUUUUAAACUGAAAACUAAAUCGAAAAGACUCCAUUAAACUCCAUUACAAUAAAGCAACUGGAAAUGUCAAGCUACAGAAAGUCAAUUAUGUUUCAAAGUUAUUCUUUAUCAUUUUUAAACAUUCUAAGCUGUUUCCUCCUUGUCAUUUCGUCUUUUUACAUGAAAUAAAGGCUGGGACACACUGUAUAGUACAUGACUAAACUAAUAAAUUAUUAAUCAACAUG